AUGUCCUGUCCCGACUGCUUUCGUGGAGGAGUCUCCAAGAGCCAUGCAACUGGCAAGGAGGCCACAAUUCAUGGCGUCAAAACCUACGUUGCUGAGCCCGAAGCCGGCGUCACGCCCAAGGGCAUCAUUGUCUUUAUUACUGAUGCAUUUGGCUGGGACUUUGUAAACAACCGAGUCUUAUGCGACCACUAUGCUAAAGGUGGUUUCCUAGUUUACUGCCCAGAUUUUAUGAAUGGCCGUGCCAUGUCUCCAGCAGUCCUUCCUAUAUUCGACACGCUUUUAGAGAAAGCAUCCUGGCUCACCACAAUCUUUGUCAAGCCGUUCUACUUCCUCAUGGCCCUGUACUACGUCGCCCCCUGGAUACUGACGUGCAGCCCGCCCAAGACCGAAGCCGGCGUGAUCAAUUAUUUCAAGAGUCUCCGCACCUCACCUCCUCCUUCCUCCCUUCAGACAAAAGACUUGAAGAUCGGCGCUGCCGGAUUUUGCUGGGGUGGCAAGCACACUGUCGAGCUCGCAAAAGACGACCCCACGCACCGAGUGACCCGACACUCAUCCCAGACCCUCUCCUCCGCACCUGAACCGCUUAUCGAUGCCGCCUUCGUCGCGCACCCUACCUACAUUAAGAUUCCGGACGACGUUGACUCCAUAAAGGUUCCCAUCUCCUGGUCCGUCGGCGAAGAGGACAUCCAGAUGAAGGGACCCGAUAUCAUGAAAAUGAAGGUCAUUCUUGAGAGCAAGACGGAUGUUGAGCAUGAUGUCCAGAUUAUACCCGGUGCUAAGCAUGGCUUUGCGAUUCGCACCCAUCCGGAAGAUAAACAGGAGAUGGCGGCGGCGGAGCGAGCGGAGCAGCAGGCUGUGUCAUGGUUCUUACGAUGCUUUUCUUAA